AUGGAGGUUAUGAGAGCUUCAUCUGCAGUUAAGUCCAAUGCUUCGGGCUUGUUGAGCUUGCAAACCCAAAAGAAAAAGGUGAGUUUGAGGAAAAAGCAUAUGGGCAUUAAAGCAAGGUAUGGAGACUAUGACUGUAGCGAAGGGCCCAACAUGGUAGAUGCAAAUAUAUCCGUUCUGAGAAGGCGAGUAUACGAACUCAAGCUGCAUGAAAGCUGUCACAGCCCUCCCCAGGAAUGGAUGGAAUGGGAGAAAAACAUGCGUUCAGAUUAUUACUCCACUAUUUCUCAGGCAACAAGGAUUUUGCAGUGGUGUUUAAUGAGUACUUGGCCCAGCAUUGCUUUGGCAACUUUGAGUUUAAUGUUAAUGGGCGUGGGCACCUCAGUUAGUUUCAGUUUGGUUAUGGCGUGGAGUAAUGUGGAUAUGUUUCUCCAAAAUUUAUGA